GUUUUGCAUGUGUGUUUGUAUUUGUAGUAUGUUUUUGUGUCCCAACCCCCCUUUUUACCCGUAACAAAAUGCUGAAAUGUGCUAAUCGGAAACAUGACACUUUCUCAAUGAGAAGAAGAAAAAAAAAGUGUCAGCGGUAUUAAGAUUCCCUCCUUUUCAUGUUCAGGCUCAGAAGUCCUCUGCUUGCAAUGCGUGGACAAUGUCUCCUGCUCUGAGACCUAUCAGAAGAAUGCUCACCCAGAGGAUAACUCUAGCAGCCUUUGUGCUCUUCAUCCCAACAUGUUCAACAAGAAAUGAUUCUCCCUUCUCAAUCACUAACAAAGCCACUGGUUUUUGUUUGCUGAAAAAAUCCAACCGCUGCCAAGACAUGCGCUGGACAACCGGGGAUCGUCUUUUUGCGACCUCAACCAAAAAGUGCCUUGGAGCUCAGGGCAAAAGUGUCGGGAGUGAAGUAAGCCUCUAUGACUGUGACGGCAGCAGUGAGCUUCAAAAGUGGGAAUGCAAGAACGUAACAAUGCUUGCUCUCAAAGGCCAACAGCUCUACAUUGAAAUCAAACCUGACGGAACAAUUGCCCUCUCAAGAACUGUCGGGCCCAAUAACAAGCUCACAAUCACAGGGACGUCCAGCGGUGCUUGUUCGAGAACAUACAGAGAGCUUUAUACUAUUGAAGGAAAUGCGUUUGGUCGGAUCUGCACGUUUCCCUUCCUGUACAAAGACCGGUGGUUUGGAGACUGCACGAUGUACGACUCCUCAGUAAAGCGCUCUUGGUGUGCGAUUAAUACAAAAUAUGAGCACGAGCAGUGGGGAUACUGCCCGACUUCUUCCACAGAACACUGGGCAAAGAACACUGUAACGGGAGCGUAUUACCAGGUCAACACACAGUCGGUUCUGACGUGGGCCCAGGCUGAAGCCAGCUGCAAACAGCAGGGGGCCUCCCUGCUCAGCGUCACUGAUCCUCACCAGCAGGCUUUCGCCUCAGCGCUAAUGGGAUCAGGGAAACAUAAACUCUGGAUCGGGCUGGUCCUGGACCCAGAACAUGGCUGGCAGUGGUCUGAUGGGAAGCCGUUCCGUUAUCUGAGAUGGACUACAGGAAGUCCAACUCCUAAUCCGGGGCACAACUGUGCAUUUCUUGACUCUGCUGGGGAGCAAACCUGGCAAAGCUCCUCUUGCAUCAAGAAACAGGGCUACAUAUGCUACAAGGACGGGGCCCCACCAUCUCCUCCCCAAAUUGAGCAAGGCUUUUGUUCAGCCCCUUGGAUUCCCUACAAUGGCCACUGCUUUCACCUUCAUCGUACUAUUCAAACAUGGUCUGGUGCUCAGAAAGAGUGCCGCAAAGAGAGCGGGGACUUAGUGAGCAUCCGCAACGUGGAGGACCAAAGCUUUGUCAUCUCGCAACUUGGAUUUGCCUCCACGGAUGAGCUUUGGAUUGGACUGAAUGACAUACAGACAGAAGGGCUGUUUGACUGGAGCGACCACUCCACUGUCAGCUUCACCAGCUGGGAGUUUGGGAAACCAACCGUCUCCACUGAUACAGAUGACUGUGUUCUCAUCAGGGGAGAAAAUGGGAACUGGGCCGAUCGCUCGUGUAGUGAGAAACACGGCUUCAUCUGUAUGAAGCAGAGUGCCACUGAACGCACCGGAGAUGAAGUAGAUGUGGAUCUAGGCUGCAAAGCUGGGUGGAAAAGACAUGGCUCCUACUGCUACUUGGUCGGAACAGAGACAAAGACGUUUGAUGAAGCGAAAGACGACUGCAAGAGCUCAGAUUCCUACUUGGCUGAUGUUUCAAAUGGGGUGGACAAUGCCUUCCUUGUCAGUGUGGUGGGCCUGAGACCAGAGAAAUACUUCUGGUUGGGCCUCUCAAAUCAGAAGAACAUUGAUCAAUUUGUGUGGACCAACACAGAUUCAGUGAGGUUUAGUCACUGGAACGCUGAAAUGCCAGGUUACCAACAGGGCUGCGUUGCCAUGACAACUGGGAUUUUCGCCGGCCUCUGGGAUCUACUGCCCUGCACCAACAAGGAGAAAUACAUCUGCAAACACCUGGCCGAGGGGGCCGUUCUAACUGUUGCACCACCGACUCAAACCCCUCCCAAGUGCGAGGAAGGUUGGAUUCGAGAGGGAACAAGAAACUUCUGCUCGAAGUUUUUCACAGGGCCUCGGGCAGAUGAGAAGACCUGGUAUGAGGCCAGGGAUUACUGCAGGGCCAUCGGAGGAGACCUGCUCAGCAUCCACAGCGACGCCGGGCUACGUGUGGGACGACAUGGAAGAGCCUGGAUUGGACUUUCGAUUCCUGACACGAGCACUGGUUUUGUUUGGAGUGAUGGUUCCCCGGUAAACUUCCAACACUGGCAGGAAGGAGAGCCAAACAAUCAUAAUAACGAUGAAUCUUGUGCUGAAUUCAAAACGUACAACUGGGAUGAAGUCGGGUCCUGGAACGAUGUAAACUGUGAGAGUUACAAUGACUGGCUGUGUCAGAUCCGUGCAGGAGUGACUCCAAAAAUACCUCCAAAUAAUACUGUGGUGGACUAUAACACCACUUCAGAUGGUUGGCUCGUGUGGAGAGGGAACCAGUACCUGAUUAAUGGAAACUUGUUGUCCAUGGAGGAUGCUCGUCACUUCUGUCAGCAGAGGCAUGGAGACUUAAUAUCGAUCAACAGUAAAGAGGAAAAUGCGUUCGUAUGGAAACAGAUUUCAAGAACCUAUGGGUCAUAUUAUAUAGGUUUGUCAGUGGAUCUUGAUGGGUCAUUUUGGUGGAUGGAUGGUUCUCCAGUUGGGUUACAAAAAUGGGAUGAAGAACAACCAAAUUCUAAUUCCUUUAAUGAGAACUGUGUUACAAUGACUUACUACAUGGGCUUCUGGCGAUCUUGUAAUUGUGGCCAAGAGCACAAGUUCAUUUGUAAACGAGGAAACUCAGCACCAGUCAACACCACCGCAGCCCCCACUGUUCCUCCCAAAGGAGGCUGUCCAUUCAAGUGGACCAAAUUUGACUCAAAGUGUUACAGUAUCAUUAGUAGCCGCCGGACCAGUUGGGAAGAAGCAAUGAGACAGUGCAUUACCAUGGGAGGUAAUUUGGCCUCAAUUCCCACAAGGCGCGUGCAAGCAUUUUUGACCACCAAAACGGCUGAAAUAGCAACUGCAGACCUGUGGAUUGGUUUAAGUUCUUUGAAACAAGAAGGAUUUUACUGGACUGAUGGGAAAGCAAGAAAAUACACCAACUGGGGCUAUUCUAAAUAUCGACGCCGUCCGGGGAACUUUUAUCAAAGAUGGAAUGAGGAUGAAUGUGUUGUGAUGAACAACAGUCCUUUCUUUGGCAUCGGUAAAUGGUUAAUUAAGCCCUGCAAUGACACCAAUGGAUUUAUCUGUAUUCGAGAUCUUGACCCAAAUAUCCAGCCUCCACCAAAGCCAGCAGUUAGUAACAUCUAUGUAAAUCUGGGAAACGACAGUGUAAAGGUUGUCACAAAAAAUCUGACCUGGGAUGAUGCCAGGAAGAAUUGUGAAGUUGACAAAGCCAACCUGGCGAGCCUACGAAAUGAGUGGACGCAGGCCUACGUCGAGCUAAUGGCGAUGAAUCUCAAAGCUCCUCUUUGGUUUGGACUGAACAAACAGAUAAGCGGGUAUUUUAGGUAUAUUGAUGGCUGGCACAUGCACUCUGCCUCCUGGGCUGAAGGUGAACCAAGCAGAGAGCGAUCUUGUGUCUACCUGGAUGUGGAUGGAAAGUGGAAGACCGCUUUCUGCAAUUUGACCAUGAACAGUGUUUGCAUGCAGUCUACAGAUAUGCCACCAACAGAGUCAACCAUCUUUCCAGGGAUUUGCCCUCAAGACACGAAUGAGGAGCACCACCAGAGUUAUACCUGGCUGCCGUUUAAGGGUCAUUGUUAUUUGUUUGUAACCGAUGAAAUUGAAUGGGCAGAUGCAGCGAGCAGCUGUGUCAGGCAUGGUGGAAUUCUGACUAGCAUUGAAGAUCCUGAUGAGCAAAAAUUCCUCGAAAGCAAUGUGGAAAUAUUUAAAGAUGCCAACAGCGCUUUCUGGGUUGGCCUGUACAAAACUCAUAACGGGGAAUGGAAGUGGUUGGAUAAAACAGUCAUGGACUACACUAACUGGGCUGAAGCUGAGCCCGACGAUGACUAUGCAGAGAUGGAAACCUCACAUGGGACUUGGAGGACAGGUCGCAGAUGGCACGACAGAGCAUACAUCUGUAAAACACCCAAAGUGAUUCCCAUAGAUUCAGAAUCAAAACCUGAACCUCAUGGAGGUCAGGAUCCUCGCGGUCGCGUCCACACGAGUUUGAUAGUUGUGCUGAUCAUAACGAUCAGUUCUACGCUGAUAGUUGUUGCAUUCUUCAUCUACAAGAAGUCUCCUCGUCCUUUACCCACCUUUGACAAUCCACUCUACUUCGACAGUGAACGAUCCCAGCCCGAUGUGGUCGAUACCAAUAAACUGAUAGAGAAUGCAGAAGUAGAAAACCCUGAGCCGAUGAUAACUCUGUGAUUUAUAAAGUAGCAGAAUCAAACAGGACAUACAUUGUACUGAACUGUAUCCCAGACUGAUGAAUAACACUUUAAUGCUUUAUUAGUGUCUUAGCUUUGUUUGUUUUUUUACUAUAGAAUAUAGUAAAUAUAUAUUCAUUGAGUUUCAAUGGAGUUGGCGAUGUCUGACCUCAUGGAAAAGAACAAUUUAGGCUCUAGGAUGUCUCAGUGGGAAUGAUUGCUAUUUGAUUCUGUCUUUAUAUAUAUGAAUGAAUGUAUAUAAUUGUUACAUAUUAUGCAUAUGCUCACUAGAUGCUGUUCAUUGCUUGUACUGUAAAAUCUCUCUGCCUGUUAAAUGAAUAUUAAACAUUGGCACUAAAGAAUAAUUUAAAUAAGUUAUAUCUUAGGAAAUGAAAUAUAACAAGGGAUCAAUUCACCUACCAUCAUCAUUUUUAUAGCUGUCUCAAAAAAAGCCCCCACAAUAAGAUACAGUCACAAUACAAUAGUAUUGCGAUUUUAAGAAUUUUGCGAUAUGCUGAGUAUUGCAAUAUCAAACAUUGCAAAAUAUCACCGAUGCAAAUGAUGCCGUUGUUAUAUAUUUGAUCUAAUCAGAUAAAGUUUUCACUCGGUUCAUCUCACUUCAGCCCAACGAGCACUUGAGCACACGUGUUUUGUUGCUUUUGUCACUCGUGGUGUGAAUGUAGCAUUUAAAAUAGCAAAAAACAUCUGGUUCGUUGAGAAAAUUAGAUCACUUUACUUUUGAUGCAGCCUGUAAAGAAGCAAUCUGAAUCAUUCACAGCAUUAAUAGAGCAGAACACACAUAUUUGCUAUGUAAAGGUGUAGUGGAUAAUAAUGUCUACCUGAGCAGAGAAUGAACGCUGUGUGUGUUGUAAUCUGAGCUUCCCGUACUUUGUUGACACAGCUGGGCGCAUGCUUUUAGUGCAUGUUAGCUCACGUGAGCAUGAAUCACUGACUAGCUCGUGGCUGCCGCUCUUCACUGCUCUCAUAUUGCCUCUACCGACUGCUUCUGAGCCCACCGUUAGCACCGAGCCACGUCAGCAUGUUGAGAGCCGUUUAGAGUCAAAAGAAAUGCUCCCAAUCUUAUAUUAUGCACCUCUAAAACCAGAAAAAAGACAACACUUUACCUUUGUACAAUAUUAUUGUCAAUAUUUAGUCUCAUGUCACAAUAUUGUAACAAUGUUGAUAUAUUGCAGAGAUUGGCAAUGUGCCGGGGUCUGAAAUCACUGUUCUAAACAAAUGCACUGACAACAAAUGUAUAUAUACAUAUAUACACACAUAUAUACAUGAGGAUGUAUGUGUGUAGAUAUGUAAUCAUGGUUUCAUGAAUGAAAUUGAACAUGCAACACUUAAUUGUUACUCUGCAAUGAACGUGGGCUCUGUAUUGUACCCUCCCAGCUAGUGAAGCGUGUGUAGGUAAGCAGCAUAUAUUAACUUUUACACUUAAAAAUACUGUGUCCGUAUAUUGGCUACAUGUCACAUAAUGCUGUAGAAUUUGUCAAAUUAGGUGAGAAAAGUUUAAAAAUAGUGACAUGACCGUCUAUGUCAUGUGGCGUCCCAAAUGCUGUGUUGGUUGUCUUCCAUAAUGAUGCACUACACAGGAAAUAAAAGCAAUUAUUAGAUUAAUAUCAUGCUGUCUGUGUAUGCAAAUGUCACAUUUCCCUUGAUUUACCAUCUUAAUUUUGUGCAUAAUUGAAUUCUUCAUUUACUUUACAUGUUUGUUUACAUGUUGAAUGGUCAAGUCAAAUAAAAUAUACUGAAGGUAUUAUGCAAUUAUA